AUUGUACUUUGGCGAUGCCUUACAUUUGGCUCGACUGCGACCCGGGCCAUGAUGAUGCCGCUGCGAUUCUGCUAGCUAUUCACUGUCCAAACGUACAACUUCUUGGUGUCUCCACGGUGCACGGUAAUACAGAUGCAGAGUACACUGCGGUCAACGCAGCUCGCUGCUUGUAUGCCUUUUCUGCCGAGACGUCCGUGAAGGUCUUCCCGGGUGCUUCAAAGCCUCUUCUUCGCCCUGCCAGACACGAUGCGGAGAUUCAUGGUAUAGACGGGUUAGGUGGGGUGAAGGGGUUUCCUCAUACAGACCAAGAGGAAGUCCAAGCGCGACUAUCCAAAGGCGAACCUAAAUACAAAGCUAUAGAUGCAAUCGCAAGGGCCAUCCGAGACACAUGGAAUGGCGGCGCAGGUUCCAAAGUCUCAAUCGUAGCAACUGGGCCUUUGACGAAUAUCGCCCUUUUUGUGAGCAUAUAUCCAGAACUUUUGGAUGGCGUGGAACAGGUUGUGUUCAUGGGAGGGGGUGUCGGUGUCGGUAAUCGCUCCGCUGUCGCAGAAUUCAAUAUUUUGUGUGAUCCGGAAGCGGCUCAGAUCGUUCUUAAUACCCCAGUGUCCAAGACGAUGAUACCUCUCAACAUUACACAUCAAGCCAUAGUCACGAACUCCAUUCAUACCCGGUUACUGUCUCCCAGCGCCGUGUCUGGUACCGAAGGUCGUGUCGAGGCAUCCAGUAACCUGAGACACAGUCUUUCAACCCUCAUCUUGUUCUUCAAGGAAACGUACAGAUCUACUUUUGGAUUCGAAGACGGUCCACCUCUCCACGAUGCCCUUACUAUUGCAUACAUAUCGAGGCCGCAACUAUUCACCUGCAAGAGGUACAGAACCGACGUAGAACUGACUGGUCUGCAUACCACUGGGCAGACCAUCGUUGACAUCUGGGAUUAUAGAGCGUCUGACGAUUCUUGGGGCACGACAGGGAAAAAUUGCAACGUCGCGGAAGGGCUCGAUGUUGCUGCGUUUUUCGAGAUGUUUUUGGAGUGCGUCACUCGAUGUGAUAGGGUGUCUCCCCUCAAUGAAAGCAAUUGACCGUGCAUCUCGAUGCAGGUAGUAUCAUAAGUGUAUAUAACGCAGGGAUAUAUUGAGUAAAUUAGGUAGGCAUGUAUCGAGCAUGGAGUAUCCGUAUUCCAAUCCAACAAUUUGCUCUAUGGCCU